CUCUAUUCUUUUCUCUCCAUCCUCCUACAAUUGAACGAACACUCUCGACAUCACACGCGAGUUGCCGAUAAGGUCCAAAUGCUCGACAGACUAUCAUUAUAACACCUUUCUCAAUCUGCACGUCCAUCAGUCCCAGAACACCAGUCGCAAUGGCUGCGACGCAUUUCAUCCCAACAACGACGUCAUCCGCCACGUUCUUCCGAGCACUCGCGGUAGCCUCGACGGCGCGAUCAUGUCCUCACUCGCUGAGGACGUUCUCCUCCUCUAUCGGUCGACGGGCAUCGUCGAAGCGAGAACUCUAUACUGCUCCCUCAUACCAGCCGCAUAGUCUCCCUGCAGAUUAUCCGUUACCUCCACGAAACACAAAUGUCCCAGAUACGUCCAUAGCAGGACCCGGACCUCGAUUGAAUGACACGAAUUCCUUGAGACAAAACACCACUCAACAGAACAGCACCUCGGAGACUGCCAGCAUACGCGUGCCCGAACGAGAGGCGCAACAAUCCAAGCCAGUGGCCCCGCCGCCGCCGCCGAAGACAGAAGAGACCAAGUCCGCCAAACCCAGGCGGAGCAAACUGAGGCCGCGAAAGGCCGCGAUGAAAAUCUCCCCGGAUGCGUUGAUUCAUUUGCGCAACCUCCUGGACCAGCCCAACCCGAAGUUGAUCAGAGUUGGCGUUAAGAACAGAGGUUGCUCUGGUCUCGCGUAUCAUUUGGAGUAUGUGGACAAACCGGCCCCCUUCGACGAAGUCGUUGAGCAAGAGGGAGUCAAGGUCCUGAUCGACAGCAAAGCAUUGUUCAGCAUUAUUGGAAGUGAAAUGGAUUGGCAGGAAGACAAACUCAGCGCCAGAUUUGUCUUCAAGAAUCCCAACAUUACGGAGCAAUGCGGUUGUGGCGAGUCGUUCAGCGUUUCAUGAAGACAUGACCAGCGUGAUGCAUUUCCAGCGUUUGGCAGAAGAUGGUCUCGAGGGUGUUUACCCGAACAUUAUAUCAAAUUAAGCAUUCCAACGUUCGAUAACAUCAGGGAUCUGCAGGCUCUUCGGUGCUCGACCUAGUAGACGCCUUUCUCGUAGUCAAUCACCCUCACAUCAUCCCAUCUAUGACUAUUCUUCUUCCCAAAAGCGAGAUGGCUGGGAUCGUCGGAGAGAUAGUAGUCGCGGUCCUUGAGGGAUGCGAAUUCGACCACAAAGCCAUGCGUGAACCCGCCCUGCCCCGUGUCAGUACCACUGUUUGAGGCAUGGCCAGCGAUCGCAAACCUGAGCGCCUUCUGGACUGUUAUCGACGCCGCCAGAUGAAGUGAUGAUGUAUGGCUUGUUCGUUGACGGAUGCAGGCACGUUUCCUUCAGAGACAACAUGUCAUCACAGACCUGUU